GCACUGACGUCAAUGUCUGUCGAGCGCCAGAACAUCAUUCCUCACAGCCCGAGCAUCAGAGCGGAAUGCACGCUCAUUCCAGUCAUGUAGAGCCCUUAUCUGGGAAUGAAGAGAUGUGCUGGAGCCCUUGGCACCCAUAUGCCCCAUUUGCAUUUUAACGUUUGCCAUUAGAAGCAUACUCAUACUUCAGUUGCUUUCUAAGAGCAGGUGAAGGUGGAUGAAUCAUCCACACACACACACACACACACACACAAACCUCUUUCUCCAGUAGUUCACUAGAAAACUAUGGUCAUGGCCGCUCAGGACCAAAAGCCGUUGCAACGGGCUCCGGUACGCGUAGGAUUUUACGAUAUUGAGCGCACACUGGGAAAAGGCAAUUUUGCAGUUGUGAAGCUGGCGAGACAUCGAAUCACAAAAUCUGAGGUGGCCAUUAAGAUCAUAGACAAAACCCAGCUAGAUGCGGUGAACCUGGAGAAGAUCUACAGAGAAGUGGAAAUCAUGAAACUGCUGGACCAUCCUCACAUCAUCAAGCUUUACCAGGUUAUGGAGACCAAAAACAUGCUCUAUCUAGUCACAGAAUACGCCAGAAAUGGAGAGAUAUUUGACUACCUGGCCAGCCGCGGGCGGCUCAGUGAGGUGGAUGCGAGGAAGAAGUUCUGGCAGAUCCUCUCAGCGGUGGAGUACUGCCACCAGAGAAAUAUCGUACACCGAGACCUGAAGGCUGAGAACCUGCUCCUGGACACUCAUAUGAACAUGAAGAUAGCAGAUUUUGGCUUUGGGAACUUUUUCCGUCCAGGGGAACCCCUGACAACUUGGUGCGGCAGCCCCCCUUAUGCAGCUCCAGAGGUGUUUGAGGGGCAACAGUAUGAGGGUCCACAAUUGGACAUCUGGAGUAUGGGGGUGGUUUUGUACGUGUUAGUGUGCGGCGCUCUUCCAUUUGAUGGCCCUAGCCUUCCUGUCCUCAGACAGAGGGUCCUUGAGGGUCGUUUCCGCAUCCCAUACUUCAUGAGCGAGGACUGCGAGCACCUGAUCAGGAAGAUGUUGGUUCUAGAUCCAGCCAGGCGUUUGUCUCUGAGUCAGAUUAAAGAGCAUCGCUGGAUGGUGCAGGAGGUCCCGUCCCAGCGGCCUGUGCUCUACAGACAGGGUUUGCCCUGUGAAAGUAAAUCAGGUUUGGGGGAGCACAGUGAGCAGGUGCUUCGCCUCAUGCACAGCCUGGGAAUUGACCAGCAGAAGACCAUUGAGUCUCUCCAGAACAAAAGCUAUAACCACUUUGCUGCUAUCUACUACCUGCUGGUGGAGCGGUUGAAGGCGCAUCGCAGCAGUUUCCCUGUGGAACAGCGUUUGCACGCCAGCCAGCGCCGCCCCAGCACCGUCGCCGAGCAGACUGUUGUCAAGACAAUUGCGGUUCCCUCUCAAGCGGGCGUCCCCCCUCAGGCAGCGCGUCAACUGCGUUCACCUGUUUUGCUGCAGUCCACCGCAGAAACCUUUACCUUCCCACAAAGCCCUGCUUCCCCAGAUCAGACGCUCAUGGAGGAAGACGUGGCUACUCCUAAGGUGGACGGCUGCUUGCUGGAUCCGCUUCCUCCAGUCGUGGUCCGCAAAGUCAGCGGCUCGCUGCCUAGCAACGUUAUGGAGACAUCCAUUGAUGAGGGCAUUGAAGCGGAGGAAGAGCACACUGUUCCCCUCGCCGCCUUUCAUACAGCUCGAUUCAGCCAGCGCCGCCACACGCUGUCUGAGGUCACCAACCAACCUGCUGCGCAGCCCCUUACAGAUCUGAACCCGUCCCUCAGCAGCAUGGACUCGCAGUACAGUAUGGGUUCAACUCAGAGCGACUGCAGCUUUCCUGAAGAGAGUCCAGCAUUAAACUCUACACCUGCCGGCUCCACAGCUCCAGUCUUCCUCAGCAUGAAGCCGCCUGAAGCCUGCCUGCAGACGCUCAAUCCACAGGGACACAAUCACUCAUUAGUCAGCUUCCGAGAGGGGCGAAGGGCUUCAGACACCUCUCUCACACAAGGGUUGGUGGCAUUCAGACAUCACAUCCAGAACCUGGCCAGGACCAAGGGCUUCCUGGAGCUCAAUAAAGCACAGAUCGUGUUAGGAGAUGGUGGAGCAUGCGGAAACACUAUGAUCAGCCCUCGGGAGCUCCUAGAGCCUCACCAUCCGCUCAACCACCAGGGAGAAGGACGGCCAUGUCUUGGUGGAAAAGAUCCAUCGACAUUCACUGGAAAAAUGCACCCUUAUUUGCUGUCUAGGAGACAGAGUCUGGAGACACAGUACCUCACUCAACGCCUACAGAGAGCCAGUCAGUUGGCAAGCGGCCUUGGAAGUGGCCAGAUGUUUUGUAAAGAGGCUGCACCGCGCACUUUAGAGCAACAACUCCAGGAACACAGACUCCAACAGAAGAGGCUCUACCUCCAGAAGCAGUCUCAGGUUCAGGCUUACUUCCACCAGAUGCAGCUGGCUGAGGACGCUUACCCUGCCCAGGACCCUCAGAUCAGCAGCAGCCCCCAACCCAGCCCUCCCUUUACAAGGACCCAAACCCUAACCCCUUUUUUGGAGCCUGGCAUCUCAUCCCUGUCAUACAGUCCCAAGUCUGCCCGCUUCCCAGAGUGGCCUCCGCCACCCGAAAACCUCAGCAACUACACCCCAUCCCUUCCUACAGAGCCCCAGUACGCAUGGAGUCCUGCCCAGCCUCCUCUGCCCCCAGGUAAAGCUGAGACCCCUUCAGUUCAACCCGCACCUGAAGCCCCUUUCCUGGACUGCGAGAUGAUGGAGACCGUAGAGGCUCCACAAGGCUGUGUCCUCGUGAACUAAACAUGAAAUACAGCACUCUGAGGCUGGUUCUCAGGCUGAAGAUGUGGCGAAAUAAGCGCCCUCAGGGACGAACAAGACGCGGUGGUUUACACCACAUUUUACAAACCUACAGACGUGCACUUGAUCCUGUGGUAGACCAUUACAGACCUUGGUGUUCAGAGAUGUUUGUGAGAUGCGCUAGUGUUUUCUUUUUUUCUCCAGUAAGCACAGUUGAAAUGUAGUGCAGCUACCAUAGAGUUUAAAAAUCAGUAUUAAAGCAAUAUUCCUUUUCCUAUAUAAUAGUUCCACGAGUUUCAGUGUUUUUAUAAGUAGUUUGUUUUCUCCUUAAAUGAUCAGUAGCUACUCAAGUUUUCAUUAUUAGUAGUAUUGUGUGAUUUUUAAAUACUAAUUAAGAGAAAUGUGUAAAUAUAAGAAUUUAUCUAAGGAAUGAAACAUAAUUAUUAGAAAUAAUGUUGAAGUCAACAUGAAACUGCACUCAAAAGAUUUGGUGUGUGUGAGACACGAGACGUGACUUUUUUUAUUAUUAUUAUUUUUUGGUCAAAAAAAGGCACACUGAUGCUUGAAAAGCCCUUUUUGUCUUGGACACACAUACAACCUACUUGGCAACAAAUAUUUUAACAACUCAUAAAACAAUCUAAUAUAAUUCAUAAAUGCUGCAAACAAUUAUUAUUUUGUUAGUUUAUGACACCUAAAGCACCAAGCGAUGUUAAACUGAACCUUGAAUCUAAAGUAUUACUUGUGAGUGUCAUUUACACUUAUGUGUAAAUGUACUCAUUUUGAAACACUUGCGUUUUGUUACAAUUAGGCCUGGCAUUAACGCUACUCUGUCAGAAACUGAGCACUUAGAGAACGCUAGAAGCCCCCAUUUUAUUUUGCAAAUGUUCAAAAGACCAAUCAAAGAGUUAUUGUGGAUAGCUACGCCUCUGCAUUUAUAGUUAGUUUCAUUCCCUCUAUAUCUAGGAUGUCUAAACUCAGUUCUGAAGGGCCGAUGCCCUUCUGGUUUGAGCUCCAACUUUCCUUAACCCACCUGCAUGGAUAAUUCUAGAACAUAGGUAUCAAACUGGAUUCCUGGAGGGCUCCAACCUUGAUCAACCACACCUGAUCCAACUAAUCAAGGUGUUCGAGACCACUAAAGACUAAGCAGGUGUGAGUUGGAGGAGGUUGGAGCUAAACUCUGCAGAGCUGCAGCCCUCCAGGAAUUGAGUUUAGUACCAUUGUUCUAGAACAGUGGUUCCCAACCUUUUUGAGACCCUCUUUGCCCCUGAAAAAUAUUGUCAACAUUUAAUGAUAUUAUUGCACAUGUAAGUUUGCAGUAAGGAUGACAAAAAAAAAUGAUAUGUUUAUUAUUAUAUCUAUAUAUGUUUAUGCACAAAUAAUAUCUAAUGUAAAAUAUAAAAGCAAAAUAUCAGAAGGCCAUUUGUAGCUGAAAAACAUAAGCCUUUUGGCUUUUAAAUAAGCCUUAUAUUAGUUGCCAAUUAGUGGCACAUUUUUUCAUUUUGGAUUGUGUGUUAAUUAUUUUGCCUUGCCCUCAAAAAAGGCUCUGGGCUUGUUACGGUAUUGGGGGUGAGUCGUCAGCAAAUGUCUUAUUAAUUUUUUUACGGCCUCAUUCGUUAGCAAGAACUUUGCUGCAGACAAUGCUCUGUGGCUUUGCAUCAAUAGAAUGAAAUAAAACCACAGUUCAGGUAACAACCUCCUGCCUUUCGUGUUUCCAGUAUUGCUGUCGCUAGAGCUUCCUCACCUGGGUCCAGUAUGCUUGGGUCAUUAGCAUUUAUGCUUUUUUUGUGGAGGAUGAAUUACAAAUAUGUAUUUUUUUUUUUUUUGGCACCCAGGGAAUAAAAUGAACUAAGGCAACGUGAUCAAUCUCCUAAUUGUCCACUGCUAAAAAUAUGACGUGACCCCCCACAGAGCUCACUGAGGCCCCCUUGUGGGCCGGGACCCCGGUCAAGUAAGAGCUUGAUUAGCUAGCCUAGGUGUGUUUGAUUAGGGUUGAAACAAAACUAAGUAGAACACCGGCUGUCCCGGACUCAGUUUAGCCACCCCUUAAAUAGAGGGACUGAAACUAACUAUGAAUGCAGAGGCAUGGCUAUCCACCAUAGCUCUUUGAUUGGUCUUUCGAAGAUUUGUAUAAAGUUCCCUGAAUGGUCAAGUAUCUCUCAUAUGACCAAAACUAAACCAGUAGACUGCAAGUAUGGAUACUGGCAAAAUAGCAUGAAUGGUCACGUAUCAUGUGCUUGGUUGAAUAGUGUGGGUAAAGAUGCUGUAAAAAAAACUUUUUAUUCAAAAGUGCACUAGUGUAAAUGGCACUGUUUGACAUUUGUGUGUAUAACCGAUGUGAUGUCAGCUGAAAAAUCUAAUAUUUAAGACGUGGCGCAAUGAAAGAAUACCAAAACAAACCUUCUUCGUAAUAGUAUCCUCUGAUUUAUGUGAAUGAUGUUCCUAAACAAUGCUAAACGAAAUGGGUUGAUUUGAUUUCAUGUUGACUUUCAAAAUCACACUACCUACUUCAGAGUCUUCAAAGUAGCUUGGAGUAAAACAAGGUUACAAUACAUAGCUUUCCUGCAAAUACAUAUGCUUUUAGAGCAGGGGUGUCAAACUCAGUUCCUGGAGGACCACAGCUCGGCAGAGUUUAGUGCCAGCCUUGCUUCAAUACACUUAGGGUGCUUUCACACCUGUGGAUCAAUUUUCUUUUUCCGAAACACGGAUUCAAAGUGUUCAAAUGUGGCACGUUGUUCUCUGUGCGGUUCGCUUUCACACGGCAAAGUUUCUAAAUGGACCAAAAUGACUAAAACAAGUCACAGUUUCAGGGUUUUUCUUUGCAGAGUCCCGCUCAGCUGUCAUGCGUCCUUAUUUUAAUGUAUGACAAUGAGCAAAAAGACAUUAUAAGCGAAAAGCUGCGCGUUCAUUUUAAGUGGAGACACCCACAGACAUCGUCAACAAAUAUAAAUCAGAGGUAAGUUUUUCUCAUACAUAGCAGUUGGCCUAUGCAUUAUAGGCUUUACACUAGUAAAGAGAUAAACCGAAGAGUAAUAACAGAUAAACCAAGACUGCUGUUUGGUCGAUUUUUCUAAAGGAUAAACAGCUCUUGUUAAUAGUAAACAUGCUUUCACUUUUGCAUUGGACAUAAAACACACAUUUACCGGUAAGAAUGACAUCCUGCCCUACUCAUCAUUCUCUCUUUAUAUAGUCAUAAACGGCUAUUACAUAUCCAUCAUACACUGUGAUGUAGCCUGUGUCGGAUUGUAAUGCUUUCUCACUAGAAUCGAUCUGCUCCAAAGUUUGUUUGAAUCUUGAUGAGACCUGCGAUCUUGGAUCGAUUGUUUUGAUGCGGAUCUAAGCACGAUUGCUGGAUUCACAUAUGCCAAGCGAACCGUGCUAACUGGGAAAAGGCGCCAGGUUCCGAAACAAAAGUAUCAAACAAGCCUAAAGCACUCAGUUUGAUCAGCUGUGUUUAAUUAGGGCUGGAACUAAACUGUGCAGAGCUGCGGCUCUCCAGGAACUGAGUUUGACACCUGUGCUUUAGAGCCUCUGUAAACAUACAGACUUGAGUUACGUAGAUGAAAGCAAUUAGAAUCAACAAAAAAUGAUCUCACACUGCCGUGCACUACUACUACUCAACAAGAUUAUUAUUAUAUAGAAACUUAAGUGUUGUGCCUUUCAAUUCUUGUUGUUCCUUUUUGAAGAAUGUCUGUUAUUAGAUUGAAUUCUUCAAGUAAAACUUCCUGUUUGGAAAUGCAGUAUGAAGCACCCUCUUUUGACAGAUACCUUGAACCAAAGUCUCCAUUUAGGUUCUGUUUUGAAGUCCACUAUGUGGAUUGUUCUAGAACCAUCCAGCUACAUCAGAGAGUCGUCAUGGUCCUACAGUAUAUGCCAUUUAAAAGUAUAGCAAUAUCCAGAGUAAUAGUCCUGAUGUUUAACAUGGGUGUUUGUAAUGAGUGUCGUCAUUUUGCCUUUGAAGGAAAAAACUAAAAACUAAUUGUGACUAUUUAGUAUUUGUAGUCAGAUCUUUGGCUAUUGUUGAUAUUAUUACUGACAUUGAAAAGUGAACUGUUUUGUUAUAGUCGUUUUUCAGUGCUAUACGGUUUCCCAAUGUGUGAUCACAAUACCAAUUUUUGUCAUAUUCAGUUAAAUGCUGAGAUCCUUUCACGAGGGGAAAUAAAGAUCAUGCUCCUUGAGUAAAAAUG